AUUUGAUAUCAUUUAUAAUUGAACAAUUAAACGUAGGGAAACAAUUUAAUUGUUUGUGAAACUUUUUGAUUUGUUUCAAGUUGACAGUUUUUCUAGUAAUAUUUGAUUAAACAAACGUUACAAUUAGUUGACCAUCAUCGUUAAAAUGACCAUUCAACUUUUGGAUAAACUUUGGCCUCAAUUUUUGCGUUUCCCUUUCCGUUACUAUGUCAUGUUUUUAUCCUCCAUCAGUGGGGCAUUUAUGUUUGCCUCAAGGUGUGUCAUCAAUGUGGCCAUACUUGCAAUGGUCACUACUCAAGUUUCACCAGGAACUAAUAAUCUAACUGACCAAACAUUGGAAUCGAUCAAUGAAACUCAGUCAAUCUCAUUGGUCAAGCUGAAUUCAGCACCAACUUUUGAUUGGAAUCAGGCUCAACAAGGGGUCAUCAUUGGUUCCUAUUAUUAUUCAUACACUGCCCUUCAGAUUAGCACUGGUUUUCUUGCUGAUAAGUUUAAUGUGGUCAAGCUAAGUGGACUUUCUCACCUUUUAGCUGCACUGGCCACUUUAGCGAUCCCAUUAGCCGCUUCAACAAAUUAUUACCUUCUAGUUUUCACUCGAGUUGUACUUGGUUUUGUUCAUGCUCCAACUUUCCCCUGUUUAUAUAUUAUCUUUGAGAAAUGGUUCACCCCUCAAGAGAAAGCAUUUGCUCAGGCCAUAAUGACCGUUGGUACCAAUGUCGGUGUAGCCUUUGUAAUGCCAAUUACCGCUUGGUUGUGUGACAAUGGUUUCGCUGGUGGUUGGCCUUCAGCUUUUUACUCAAUGGCCACGGCUAAUAUCAUCUUCCUAAUCAUUUGGUAUACAACAGUUACCGCUGAUCCAAAUGAAAGUUCAUUAACUAGUGAUGAGGAAAAAAAGUUCAUCUCUGCCCAUGUAGUUCAAAUACCAAAAGAAAGGGUCAAGGUACCUUGGAAAUCAAUGUUUACAUCACUUCCUCUUUGGUCAGUGACCAUUGGCCGAGGAAUUUGUUCCCUUGGUUAUCAUACAGUUAAUUCAAAGAUUCCUCUUUACCUUGAGACAAUUUGUUAUCAACUCCAGGGAAAUGGUUUAAUUAAUUCAACCUUUUACCUCGCUGAGGCUGCAGGUCAGUUUAUCAGUGGACCUUUGUCAAAAUAUAUCGCAACUAAAGGUUACCUUAAGUUAACGGUGACCAGGAAACUUUUUGAAUCCAUUGCCCUUAUUGGACCAGCUCUGUUUUUAUUGGCUAUUCCCUUGUUAUCGGGUAGAGCUGAGGUUAUUGUUAUUGGUCUGAUAUUGACCAUGUUUACCAUGGGAGCUUCAUCUGGAGGGGAUAUCCCAAUUGUCCCUGAAAUGGCCCCAGGGCUUGUUGGUACUGUUUUUGGUUUUGCAAACACUUUCUCAUGUGCUUCUGGAUUCUUGGCUCCCAUGGCAAUCGGUGCAAUACUUGGUGACCAGGUUUUCUCCGAAUCAAAGUGGAACGUAGCAUUUUAUUUCUUUGGAAGUCUUCAAGUUCUGGGCGCCAUUUUGUUCACCCUGUUUGCAACCUCGAAACCUCAAUCAUGGGCACUUGUUGAGAAUACAACUAAAUCAUUUAAAUCUAAAUUUAAUAAUGGUAACAAUUUAAAUUCAAUUGCAAUUGUUGAUUCAAAUUCAACAGUAACAACAAUCAACAACAAUCCACCAGAAUCUGUUGAAAUGACUGAUAAAAAGGUUACAUUGAAUGAAACCAAUGAAAAUAUUUCUUGAAAAAUUAUCCACAAUUUAAUUGUUGUUAAUCAACAGCAAAAAUCAGUGAUUUAAAUUGUGCAUAUAAUCAAUUAAUCAAUCAACAAUCAAUUCUCAUCAUCAUUUACAAGUUAAUUAUCAUUAUCUCUCAGUUCAAUGACAACAAUUGAUUGAGUUUGGUAUUGAAAGAGAAAAUCAAUUUUGAUUGUUUCAUUGAUCAAACAAUUAAUUUAAUCAUAAUGACAAAUGUAUACAUUAUUGGAAAACCUGAAAAUUACCUUUAAUUACUCAAUUAAUCAGUGACAAUCAACCAGGGAAACUUUUACCAAGUUUGUUUCAUAAUCAUAAUGUUGUAAACGACAAUUAAUUAGAUUGUGAAAAUUUAUCUUUCUUCAUUUGUAUAAUUUGAUUAAUUAUCAUAAUUGUAAAGUUAAUUGUUACAACAUUCGAGGAAAGUAUUUAAAUUUUUUUCAGUUAAUUGUUCAUCUCAUUGACAAAAAUCAACAACAACGACAAUUCAAAUGAUCUCAAACUCGAUAUGAUUUGUAAAACAAUUAACUUAAUUGUACAAUAUUUCAUCCACUCACCAUCACAAUUAAAGAUUCAUAACUCAA